AUGGGAAGUUAUCAUUAUGUUAAUUUCGCCUCGGUCACGGCUAUUGGCAUCAUCUUUCCCGUGCUUGGUCUCAUCGCUCUUGGGAUACGAAUCUAUGGGCGAGUCAAGUAUACGAGAUCGUUAGACAUUGAUGAUGUUCUCAUCGUCCCAGCUGCGAUCCUUAUGGUCGCCGCAGGAGUGGGCAUGGUCAUCGCUGCGCAGAUGGGAUUCGUCGGAGGCCAUGCGCCAUACAGGACAUUCGAAGAACUCAUGUUCGGGAAGCCAGAGCGUCAGCUUAUGCUCGAAAAGCUCGAAUACGCAUACUGGAUUGGCCAUGUCCUCGUCAUCGGCUUCACCAAGUUGACCUUCCUCUUCUUUUCCCGAAGAAUAUUCCGAGGACGUGGAGCUCAAACGAAAUUUGACUACGUGAACUGGCUCAUGAUUGGAGUAGUGACAGUGUGGAUGGUGGCAUAUGUAUUCCUGGAAAUUUUCAUGUGUGGCUUGAACUUCUGGGCUGCCUGGGACACAGUCUACGCGCUGAGGACCUACUGCAUGGAUACCUUUGCGUUGUUGACAUCCUGCGCGAUCACGAACUGGGUCAUCGACUUGGCGAUCUUCGCCAUUCCUCUUGUUAUGAUCAACAGCCUGCAAAUGACAGCAAGACGGAAGGUCCAGGCCUCACUUGUCUUUGCCCUCGGUCUCUUUACGGUAAUCGCUGGAUUGCUGCGCAUGAUCAUCGUCUGUCAAGUCGUCGAAAAUGGCCUCAUGAGCCCAACGAUAACUCUGCUCGGCACAACCUUCGAAACCACCGACAAUGAAGGUACAAUAUCCCUCAUACUGUUCUGGACGUACGUCGAAAUCGGAGUUGGUUUCCUCGUGGUAUGCCUGGUCGCAUGCGGGAGGGUGUUCGACGAAGCGUCCGCACCGGUUCUUCGAAAGCUCAAAUCGAUGGUAUCAGCGGCGACCAGCGUGGCGUCAAGGGCGUCGAGCAGGUCCUCGUUGUUUUCAGAAAAUUCUAAAGACGAGAAGGAUGAUCACAGAAUUAGUGUUUCGACAAAGGUUGAAGUGGUGUCAAAGGAUGAAGAGAAAGGUAUGCCAGCAGUCCCUGAAUGGUUGCAAGCUAGCCGGAGAGGGACAUUAGACCUAGAUUAG